AUUUUGUCUUCCGUGGAUGCGUUGUAGUAGAGGUUGUUUGUUGGGAUAUCCACAAAAAUGAUGGACACCUUGUCAGUAGUCUCACAACUGCGGGACUUGGCAUCAGAACCACAGAAUCGGCAGGCUAUUGUUCAGGAUCAGGGCUGCCUUCCAGGUCUAGUGCUGUUCCUAGACCACAAAGACCCCAAAGUGCUCUUUGCCACUCUCCAGGUACACUCCGGAUUCUACAACUAUCACUUCAGCGGGCAUGGAUUAAACCACUGGAGUCUUACGGAUUAUUUUAAUGCUCCCUUUAUGAGACAAGCAUGUCAGAAUCCUGAGCAACAGAGGAGGAUGAACAAACCCCAGUUCUUUAUCAACAGGACAAACAAGAAAGCAAAAUCGGUUACUCUGCACAUACAAGGCUCAGAUGGGGCAGAUCAGAGAUGUGUCUGUGAAGAGGCACUUUUGAAGGUGAAAGGUGUGAUCAGCUUCACAUUUCAGAUGGCUAUGAAGAGAUACACUGUUCGCAUCCGUGCAGACCUGCCCACGAGUCUGGCCACUGCCAUUGCUGCUACCAAAGUGCUCUCAGUCCAGCAGGUAGUGAAAAAUGACAGUGGAGAGGAGGUGGGUUUGGCUGUUGCUCUUGGUUUGAAGUUUUAUCUGUACUAUGGUUCAAGUUUUCAUCCCACUCUGCACCUCUGGCGCAACGAUAGAAGAGAUUACCUGCCAGAGGACGAGAGUCCUGAGAAAGAGCUGGACCGCGCCGUGUCCCGUACUGGUGCCAAACCGGACACUAAUGGAAUCUGGCUGAACACAGCAUCCAGUUUCCUUACUAAAACCUUCUACUGGUAAAGCUUGUCAUAAUGAUGACAGCAGACCCUCCCUGCUUUGUCCUCAACCACUGUUCAACAAGGUAGAUUGGCCUAAAAGAGCAACUUGGAUCACUAUCAGAGCUACCAUCUCUAAGGAAUUUCAAGGGACUUGCUACAGAAGGGGUCAUUAAGUUCAGUUGAUUAUAACCAUUCCCACAAAAUAUGCUUCGACAUGACGCAUGAUAUCGCAGCUGCAUUACAACUGUGUGAAAGCUGUUCAUUUUGAGCCCAUGUUGUAAAUUUGUUUUAUUGUCACCAAAACAGGACUUUCCUUUCCUCCCUUUCUAAGGGACUAGAAAUGUUCCUUUCUGUUUCUGUGUUGUCAAGUUUUGUCUGUUUUCUUUCCAGCUGAUUUGUUGCAAAUAUUUACAUUUCGAUGUGUUUAUAGGUGGAAAGUUUAGCUCAAGUCUUCUCAAGAAGAUGGAAACAAUUGAAGAACAAAUAAUUUUGGGAUAAAAUAAAGGUUA